AUGGCUUCCCCCGCCUGUGCCGUGGGCCCCAUGGACAGCCUGGAGCUCCUGGACCUCCUGUUUGACCGGCAGGACGGCGUCCUGAGACACGUGGAGCUGGCCGAGCGCUGGGGCCUCGCGGGCCAGGUGCUGCCGGGCUCCGACUCCGAUGACUUCCUGAGCGCCAUCCUGGGCCCUGGAGACUCGGAUCCCAGCUCCCCGAUCUGGUCCCCCGCGGGCAGUGACAGCGGCAUCUCUGAAGACCUCCCCUCUGACCCUCAGGACACCCCUCCACGCAGCGGACUGGCCACCACCCCGGCCAGCUGCCACCCCAAUGAGCCCGGCAGGGGGCCCUGCCCCUCCUACCUCCCUGGGCCCCUCUGCCCCGCCAGGCCCUCGGGCCCCCAAGUGCUGGAGGCCUCCGUGACCAUAGACCUGGACGUGUGGAGCACAGGGGGCCUCUAUGCCGAGGAGCAGGCAGACACGCCCUCCCGCUUCAACCUCACCGUUAAAGACCUCCUCCUGUCGGGCAGCGGGGACCUGCAGCACCUGGCAGCCUCUCUGCGACCUGGCAACGGGCACUGUCAGGAGCUGGUGCUGACGGAGGAGGAGAAGAAGCUGCUGGCCAAGGAGGGCAUCACCCUGCCCACCCAGCUGCCCCUCACCAAGUACGAGGAGAGAGUCUUGAAGAAAAUCCGCCGGAAAAUCCGCAACAAACAAUCAGCUCAAGAAAGCAGGAAGAAGAAGAAGGAGUACAUCGAUGGUCUUGAAACUCGGAUGUCGGCCUGCACUGCCCAGAACCAGGAGCUGCAGAGGAAAGUCCUGCAGCUGGAGAAGCAGAACCUGUCCCUGCUGGAGCAGCUCAAGAGGCUGCAGGCCAUGGUGGUCCAAUCCACCACCAAGUCUGUGCACACGGGCACCUGCACGGCGGUCCUGCUGCUGUCCUUCGCCCUCAUCGUCCUCCCCUCCAUCAGCCCUUUCGCCGCCAACAAGGCCGAAAGCCCAGGGGACUUCGCUCCCGUGCGAGUCUUCUCCAGGACGCUGCACAACGAUGCCUCGUCCCGGGUGGCCCCGGACGACAAUCUGGCCUCCAAGGCCCCAGGCCCCUGGCCGGACGCUGCUGUGCCCCACAAAGGGCCCCCGGGCGGCCUUUGGACGGACUGGGGCUUCCUGGACAUGCUGGCUCUGGGCGGGUCAGCAAAGGAGCUGGACAACUCGACCCUGGUUCUGGGCAACUCGACCGAGGAGCUGGGCCCGGCCACCCUGCUGGACUGGGUGGCACCUGAGCCGGUGCUCAGCACAGGACGCGUGGGGCUGGAGGCGGCGGGGGAGGAGCUGUGAGAUCCCCAGUGUGCCCCCGAGUCCCUGCCCAGGCCACCUGGGGGUGCCCAAGUGGACGGCAGGCCCUGGUGGACACGCUCAGACCCAG